AUGAAGACAGUUCAAGAUUUGUGUACUCAUAAGCAAAAGAAAAAGAUGGAUCCCAAGAUUGUUAAAGUCAUUGGACAACUUGUUGAUGUUAUGCUUAGGAACCUAACAGUUCCUAAGUAUGUUGAUCCAGGAACUCCUAUGAUAAAGGUACGCAUUGGUAAUGUUGUUAUUCCUAAUACACUCAUUGAUAUGGGAGUUAUAAUUAAGGUUAUGACAAUCGAAAGAAAGGAAAAAUUAUCAAUUAAAGGACUUAGACCCACUCCUACAGUUCUCCAAAUGGCAGACUGUUCUGUGGUCAAACCUAAAGAAAUCAAUCCUACCAACAAUCCAUAUGACUUCCCAAUUGUUGGAAGAAAUGAAGCUUCCAAAAGAAUUAUUCCUAUUGCGGCAUUAAAUUCGUACAAAACUAGAUGGACAAUAAAGGCAAGAGACACUAAAAAGGGUCAACUUCAUCAUUUUAACAAUGCAAGAGAAGAUGGAAAAGUUUUUAGUUUUGACUUGGUUGAUUUUGAUGGUGAUGAAAUAAGAGUAACAUGUUUUAAUGUUAUUGCAAAAGAGUUUUAUGAUCGUAUAGACAUUGGGAGAGUGUUUAUAACCUCAAAAGAGAGACUUAAACCUACACAAAAUAAUUUCAACCAUUUAAAUAAUGAAUGGGAAUUUAUUUUAGAAAGUAAUUCUGAAGUUGAGUUUUGUUUAGAGGACAAUAGCUUAAUACCAGAACAAAUAUUUCAUCUUACAAGAAUAAGUGAAAUUGAGAACAUGAAAAGCAUUUCUAUGGUUGACAUUAUUGGUGUUGUUUUAUCAAUUGAUCCACCAAACAUAAUAUUCAAAAGGGAUGCCACAAGGAUUAAGAAAAUAAAUAUUCAACUAAAAGACAUGUCAACUUGUAUGGUGGAGUUAACAAUGUGGGGUGGUUUCUGCAAUAAGGAAGGCCAAAAACUCCAAGAAAUGUGCAAUUUAGGAACUUUCCCCAUUCUUGCUAUAGAGGCUGCACAAAUAGUGAUUUUGGUGGAAAAUUUGUUGGAACAAUUACCAUGA